AUGUCUGUUUCGUUACCGGAAUUUCCGCAGUUUCGAGUGUCUGGAGAGAAGAAUCUUGGUGUUAGGUGGAAAGAAUAUGUAUCCAAAUUAGAGAACUUAUUUAUUGGAUUAAAUAUUGAAAGUAAAAAACGAAGGAAAGCGUUACUUUUACAUUAUGGUGGCGAUGAAAUUUAUGAUAUCGCGGAAUCACUUUCUACAAAUAGUGAAGAACUCGAUUAUGACACGUUAAAACAAAAGCUGAAUGGAUAUUUCAAUCCAAAAUCAAACAGAGAGUUCGAGACAUAUGAAUUCAGGAAUAUGGUGCAAGAACACUGUGAAACAACAGAUCAGUUUGUGACUAGACUUAAAACAAAAGCAAAAUUUUGCGAAUUUAGCGAUUCCGAAAGGGAAGUAAAAUCUCAGUUGAUUCAAGGAUGUAGAUCAAAUGAACUACGCAAAAGAGCAUUGAGAGAUGAUUAUUCAUUGAAUGAUUUACAAAAGUUUGCAAGAACAUUAGAAAUAUCAGAGUCACAAGCUACAGAAAUAGGAAAGAAAGUACAAACAAAUGGACAAACAGCUUCUGUUGAUAGAGUAAAAUCAAAACGUACACCAAAGUUCGCAAGAAACCCGAGACCAACAGUACAUAAAAAUCAAAAUCAGCCAUCAAGACAAAACACUAAGUGUACAAACUGUGGUGGCAAUUUUCCACAUAAGGGUAAAUGUCCAGCUUUUGGCAUGGAAUGCUUUUAUUGUCACAAGAAAAAUCAUCUGAUUUCUGUGUGUCGUAAAAGAAAACAAAAUAAACACCAUUUGCGAGAAAUACAUGAAAGUGAACAAGAGGAAAAUCAGGAUAGUUCAGAUAACGAGGGUACUUUUGGAAUUAGUGUACGUGUGAAUAACAUUCGGAGAUUGCCGCACGUGACUGUAAAUGUCAAUGGAAUCAAUGUAAAUGCGCUUGUAGAUACAGGGUCAACAAUAAACAUUGUAAGUGAAAAACUGCUAAGAAAAAUGCAACCGUAUCCGAAACUGAAGCCGUCACACACAAAAGCUUAUGCAUUUGGACAAAGCAAAGCUCUUCCUAUAAAAGGACAAUUUACAUGCACGAUUGAGACAGAGAAAAAGUAUUCAACAGCAGAAUUCUACGUUAUUGAAGGUAACACUGACUCGAUCAUAAGCUAUGACACCGCUGUAUCAUUGUAA